AUGCAUGGCGCCCAGCUCGGCGUCGAGACGGAGGGCAUCCAGCUGGGAGGACCGGAGGACGUGGAGGGGCGGCGGGGAACCCAGGCUGGGGGUUUGGGGUUUGGGGUUUUUGAGCGGGUGUGUGUGGAAUGCGUGAAGGCGUCUGCGGGCACAGCCAACGGCGCAACACCGUCUUCGGCUGACUCCAUCCCCCCUUUGUCGCUCUUGCGAGAAUGGAUCCUCGCUGCAACGCGGCAGCCUGCUCGUGCAUGCCCAAGCGCGCCAUCUGCCAUUUCGUCGCUUUACGUAACCGGCGCUCUACACACAUCGGCGCUCCAUGCUGCUUGCGGCAUGGGCUGGCCUCCAGCCUCCACAUCUACAACCCUGCAGUCCAACAGCACAUCUCCUGGCGCGUCAACCUCCCCAACCAGCUGUACGCAACGGAAGUCGGUGAAGCCUUCCUGGAUCUGCUCCGCAGCCGCGGCACCAGCGCCCGCGGUUGCAUUGCAGGAGCGGGGCUCAAUCGACACCAGUCUGGGCCGCUACCGCAGUCACAGCAAGGACGGGGCGUUGGUGGACGCAGUGGUGGAUUCCCGUGACCCACGGGUCAUUGUGGUCCGCGUCACCGCCUCGUACGACAAUGUGCCCCAUCUGGCACCCAAGGAGCUUCAGCUACACUGGGGUAUGUACCGCGCCAGCGGUACAAAAUGGCACCAUCCCCGGGAGGCGGUGCCUCCGGAUUCCUCCCUGGAGCCAGGGGGUAAUGGUGCCAUGCGUACGGCAAUGACGUGGGACGAGCGUACGGGCGUGUGGUCCGUACGUUUUGAGGUACCUGCCAAGUUAGCGCCGCUUCACCUCGCCUUUGCCUUGUAUCAGCCAGCUUUGGACAAGUACGACAACCCGCUGCGCGCCCCGCACUUUUGCGUGCCGGUGGGUAUGAGCGCCGGGCGGCCGGAGCCGCUGGGUGCCUCUGUGGUGGCGUCCAUGUCCCCCGGGGUGGAGGGUGGCGACCCACGGGACGUCGCCUGUGCUGUCAACUUUGCUGUGUUUUCCCGGCACGCGUCAUCCAUACAGCUAUGUUUGGUGCGAGUCAAGGGGGCGGACGGGCCCGGUGAGCCGCUGGUGGCGCAGAAUGUGCUGGAGGUCGUGUUGGAUUCGCUAACUCACCGCACGGGGGACGUUUGGCACGUGUGUGUGCACGGGCUGCAGAUAGAUGCCAUGCCGUACAUUCAGGAUUUGGAGAGCCUGUGCUGGGCCUGGCGCGCUGACGGGGAGAUCCUCUGGCAACACGGCAAUCGCUUCCACCCGGGGUUCAUGCUGAUGGAUCCGUGGUCCACACGUGUCGUACCCGUACUGCUGCCGGAGGGCUCCCACAAGGCCGCCCCUCGCCUGGCCCCCAACCAGCCCCCCACGGAGCCCGUACUGCUGGGCUCACUGGCGGCGUUCGUACACGGAGCCUUCGACUGGGGGGCCGCCGCCAGCCCGGCGGGGGUUCGCGGGGGUCAGAGCCGAGUGCGGCCGCUGGAGGAGGGGAUGGUGGUGGAGGUGGAUGUGGCGGCCUUCACAAGCGGCCCGGAUGCUCAAGGCUCCGUGGCCCCCCAGCACAGGGGCAAGUACCUGGGUAUUCUCGACCGUCUGGACCAGCUCAAGGCGGUGGGAGCCACCUCCGUGUUGCUGUCGCCGGUGUGUAUGGGCGCAUCCGUACCCGAGGGCGGCCCCCGGAGACCCCUCGCGUUGUUCGCCCCCGACCCGGCCUUCGCGGUGGGGGGCCCCCUGGCAGCGGCAGCCGAGCUGAAGACCGUGAUUGCGGGGCUGCACCGGGCGGGCAUUGAGGUGAUCCUGGAGGUCGAGUUUUGCGUGACCGCGGAGGGCGGGGACGCCGGGAGCGGCCGGUUGCAGGGCCUGCGAGGCCUCGACCACGCAGUGUACUACAGGGAUGGUCUUGAGGCCCCCGUACUGAACUGCGGACACCCGGUAGUGCGGUCACUGGUGGUUUCGGCGCUACGCCACUGGGCCACGGAGUACCGAGUGGAGGGUUUUUGUUUCGUCAAUGCAGAGAACCUGGCACAGGACAAAUUUGGCUCCGUUCAGGACAAUCCCCCCUUAGCGGAGGAGAUUGCGGCCGAUCCCAUCCUGCGCAACCUCAAGCUCAUCGCCGCCGUCUCCAACCCCUCCCUGCUUCCGCGCUCGGCCGGGCGGGGCUUUCCGCACUGGGGCGUAUGGAUGCAACUGAACGACCGCUUCACAACCGACCUGAGGUCGUACAUGGUGGCGGGACAGAGAGAUCUCUUCGCUGCGUGUUGGGACGCCGGACUGCCUGGGGGCCUGGCGGCGGGACGGCGGCCGGCCUUCGGAAUCAACGCCGCGGCGCAGCUGGGCGGCCAUCGGCCCCUGCAGGCCGCCGUCACGGUGGCGGCCGCCGCGUCCGGCGACGGCGGCGGCGGCUUCGCCGCUGACGCGGCGCAUUGCGAAGCGAUUGCUCGGUCGCUGCUCGUGGCGCAGUUCGUGNCGGCGGGGCAGCCGCUGGUGGCGGCGGCGACGCUGGCGCGGCCCGGUACAGCGCAACUGGUGGCGGCGCUGGCGGCGGUACGGCGAGGCUACCGCGCACUGCUGUGCCCGCCGUCGCUGGCAUCGCCGGACCGUGUUCUGACGUGGCAUUCGCCGUACGGUGGCGGCGGCGAGCCUGACUGGGCGGGCGCCAACCCAGACGCCGCAGCCAACGUGCUCGUACUUACCAUUGGCGGCGGUCCGUCGCGACCGGGGCACUUGCUGACGGUGGCGUUCAACCCCGGCGGAGAGCCCGUCACGCUGGCUUUACCUCGGUCCCCUGGCGGCGCCGUCUGGCGGUUGCUUGUGGACACGGCACGGCCCGUACCGACGGCACAGGCCGCUGGCGCCGCCAGCCUGGGUGCCGUACUGCAGGCUUCGGAGCAAGGGUCGUACACCAUGGGUCCCCACAGCGCGCUACUGCUCGACGCUGUGCCGCUGGGGGGGACUACGGCGGCAGUGGUAGCGGCGCCGCCAGCGGUGACGGCAGCGCCGCCGUCGACCGCCGCAGCGGCGCCACCGGCGGCGGCGCAGCAGUCACCACCGCCGCCGCCGCCACAGCAGCCGCCGCCAGGGUACGGUCUGUCACCAGCUGCGGCGGCAGCAGCCGCGGCUGCGAGGUCUCAGCCACGGGUGUACAAGGUGGCGAGCAGUCCCAAGCCAACCGGAAACAGUUGA